AUGGCAAACUUUGAGAGACUCGCCAUGGUUACACCCAAUGGAGAUGAUUCAAUGAUUCGAGUGAGAGUUGAGAACGUGUGGUCUACUCUAGAUGUCGAGAAUGGUGAAGGCCUCAGUUUCCUGGUGGUUGAUGAUGAGGGCACAAGGAUGCAUGCAUUCGUCCAGCAUUUUGCUGAUGCCAAGAGAUUUAAGAGACUUCUUCAGAAAGGAGACUGGUUCACGAUAACUGGUUUCUCAGUUGUUAUUGUCCGGAAUGAGAUUCGUAUGACUAAACAAAGAAAAGAGAUCGUUCUCAAGCGAAACACAGAAGUUGGUGUUUCAGAAUUGUUCAAUGGUUUUAUUCCGCUAGAUUUGGUUCCAUUUCAGGAUGUUAAGAACGGAACUGUUCACGAUGGAACUUCUUACACUAGAGACUUUCUAGGCGUCAUAUCUUCUGUUUCAGAUUUCGGCCUCACAGUGGAUGACUCUAUGCCUAGAAACAUACAUAACUAUGAUCCUAAGACCACCGGAUCGAUUGACUUUGUUCUUGAAGACAACGAUGGAAAUCAUCUAAACUGUCGUGCAAAGGGGAUCUUGGCGGUUCUCUUUAAACGUAAUUGGCUAUGUUAUGGUGAAACCGGAACAAACAUAUGCCUAUUAACCAAUUGGCGUGUUGUUGGAAGAGAUGGUCCUAUUCAAGUCGAAGAUGAAGAAGGGAUUUCUACUUUUGAGUAUGAUCCUCCUGGACACCACGAAGUGGUACUGGUUUACUGCAGAUUGCACCAAGAAGAGGACCUGAGCGAUGAAUGA